GACAGUGAUCAUUGCCUAUACACCCAAUUGUCUGGGGAAGUUGGAUCAGUGUGACUUGGAGAUGUUGCACGAUCAUGGUUUUCCCGUUCCGUUGUCACAGCUUCCUGAGUAUCAUGGGUGCGGUGGUGGAUUGGAAGGAUCUCCACAAGUCGCAGCUGUUACUACAGAGGACAGUCAGGCGAAGGAAUGCAAUAAGGACUCAGACUGGUCGUUGUAUUUGGACUUAGAACCUGGCACAGUCAAGAUAGCGGAUGCCGUUGAGGAUGACUUUGGUGGCCCGCGACUGCAAAAGGUCGAAGUCAGCUACACCAGGAAUAUUGAGCAGAUACUGGCUGGUUUGACGAGCCCUUUGGAUGUGACGCGUACAGUACACCCAGAUGAAGUGUUUGCAUGUUUGGAGCAGUGGCGUCCAGCUAUUCUCAAAGAGGUUGCGGGCAUCGAAGGUGCUAUUGAGAAGUUACAUCCUGGCUCAGCUCCCAUGUUGCGGGGAAGUUUCCGAGAUGACACGUUGCAGGAGCUGAAGACACCUCGUGGUUUGAAGUGGAAGCAGGGCAAAGCAGUCACAUCCUGGUGGUCAGUUCUCGAUACCAGUGGUGCAGUGGCUGCUAUAGUGGUGGUGUACGUGGACGACUUUAUGAUUUGUGGCCCACGAGAAAUCGUCACUGAGCUUGGAACGGCGGUCAAAGAUGUUUGGGAGACGUCUGAGCUGACGUUUCUGGGGCCUGGUAGCUCAGUCAGGUUCCUUGGAAUGGAGUUGCAGCGUGAGUCUGAGGAUUCAGAAGAGAUCCUGGUGGGACAACAUGGAUAUAUUCAAGAACUACUACGACUUCAUGGCGUCACCACUACAAGUCAAGAUCGCAUCCCCAUCACAAAGGAGCUCGCGGUUGUCCCCAGCACCCCUGAGGAGGAGGAU